AUGUCGUCCAGAGAGAUGUUAUUUCGUAUUUCUGUAGGUUGUAGUGUACUUUAGGGUUAUGGUUUUGUUUUGUUUUCAAAUGUUCAGUUGUACGAUAAGAAGAUACAUGAAACUCGCCAUCAGGAGAUAAGGUAACGUGCAAUGUCGAGCACCUUUGUUGCUGACACAGCUGAUGAUCGUAAAUCGGACAACACCCUUAUCAUCAUCGUUAAUAAUGACGGGACAAUUUCAGUAGAUCCUGAUACACUACAGAAUAUAAUCGCAAAUCCAGAAGAUGCACCAGUCAGUGUCAUUCGUGUUGGGACUUCAUCUCAAGGUGAUGAAAACAGUCAGGACUCAAAUGGUACCUGUGAUAGCCAAGGAGAUGGCAAUCCCCAUGUCAGCCUUACUGUCGAGGGAUUCUAUUCUCCGGCAGAGCCUCCACCUGAGCAUCCUGCUGAACCUCAGCCUCCCAAUGCUGAUCCACCAUUGGCAGCAGCUGGUGAAACACCAUUGGAUCCAUUCUUGGAAAUGGAUCCUGAGCAGCUCCAAAGGUUAGAAACUGCUUUGCAAUCUGAACAGGCAAAACAGAUCCUAGGAGAAAAUGUGACAGCUAUGUUAGAUAUGUUAUCAGUGGAUGAAGAUGCAUCAAAGCUGAAGGAAACAAUACGUAUGGAUCAUUGUUACACUAGUUUGUCUCCAUCCUCUGCUCCAUCUACAACACCGUCUGAGAGCACUACUACCACUACUACUACUACUGCAUCUGAAGUUCAACCUGCUGUUAACCACAUAAAUUCAGAGUCGCAGAAAACUACCUCUUUUGGUAGGGGAGCAGCACGUGGGACAAGAGGCAGGGGAAGGGGUCCUGGACGGCCACGGAAGGAUGUGAGUUCUGCACGAUCAUCUUUGUCUUACCGUGGUGCUAGCUCAGGACGAGGAUCAGGUCGUGGUCCAGUUACAGGGACAGACACGUCAAAUAACUUGGUGAUGGUACAGCAAAUCAGACACAUAACUGCACCACCACCAAAUUCACCAUCUGCUUCACUUGUUCCUCUCAUCAAGCCUUUAAUCCUUCCAAAUGAUAAGAAUUCCUCUGUACACAUUGGACAAGGACUAACUUUUCCACACAAAAAGGCAACAGCUCAACCAUCUGGAGGUUCCCAGCUUGUUUCUCUUGCUUCCAAAGCUGGAGGACAUUUAACAAGUGGAGGCCAGCAGAGAGUUAUAGUUACGAACAACACAGCUGUACCUCUGCAUGAGCUAAGUUUACCUACGGUUGUGCACACAUCUGAUAGAACCAUAGUGCAAAAUUCUGGUGUUAGUGAUUCAGUUGUUACAAGCAACAAUAUGGUUGUAGUCAACAGGAGUCCACCUACACAAGUGACAUCGACAGCUUUGACUGCAAACACUGGUCAAGCAAAAGUUCUUGUGGCUAAGAUGCCAAGUAUACCACCACAACUUCUGGGAGCACAGCCAACCUCUACAAGUUCAGAAUCGCACAAAAUUCCCCUGAAAAACAGUUCAGAAGAUGAUGAUGAAGAGUUCGCUAAUUUUCCACGUGAUGAUGAGACUGAAGAAUCGGAGGAUGACGACGAUCCAGACACUGAUGAUGAUUACAGAGCCCGCUUGACUAUUCGGCAACGUGGCUCCAGCAGAGGUGGGAGAGGAAAUCGGGGAAGAGGCAUACGAUCCAGGGGCUCAUUGGGUAGAGGGUGGGAUCGGAGCCGUGGUGUAAGAGGAGGAGCAAGACGACGUGGAGGCAGUCGUGGUGGACGGGGAGCAGCAAAGUCAGAGGAUGUGGAACAAGUGCAUAAGUUAGAUUCAGAAAUGGCAGCUGCUUUAGCUGCAAUGGACAAGGCUCAGGACAGUUCUGAAAGUGCACCAGCGGCAUCCCGAGGUGAACAUAUUUUUGGAAGUAAUAGUGUUGUGAGAAACAAUCUCAACAAUUCGAGUGCUGAUGCUGUGUUGGAGAGUUCCCUGAAAAGGAAACCCAUUAGGUCAUAUGGAAGAAGUCAGGGGAAAAGAAAAUCUGAUGUGGACAGUGAUGCAGUUUCCUCAAAGUCUGUUGAACCACCCGCAGAGAAACAGAAAGAAGAGGAGAGUAAGCCUGUGCUGGAACAGGUACUACCAGACACAAAGAGUGCCACAAAAAACGCUGUUAUGAAACAGACUUCUGUGGCUGAUUCACCUGUGUCUCCUGUCUCACCUGUUCCACCUGGCAAAAUAUCCGUUAUAAUUGACCAUAAACAAGACAUACGAAAAAAUUAUCCUAAACGAGAGAAUAGGAAACCCCCAGCACAUUUGGCCGAGGCGUUAGGUCCAGCACUUUUCUCUACGCCAGACAUAAUUAGGAGAGUAAAUGCAGGAAGUGACCAUAAGUCACUUCCUCCUACAGAUUUAAAGAAAGAAGAACCAAGAUCUGCUCCAAAAAAAUCUGUGGACCAUUCCAUACAAGAAGUCGUGUCAUCUCCACCAGAGGAGAAAGGUGAACCAGCAAGUAUCAGCAUCACUGGAGGAGAGGUAAAGAAUGAAGCAAGUAGUCAGCCAACCACCACAGUGGAAGAGCAAUUGCCUGACGAUGUAGUUGCUGGUCAGAACAAAAAAACUGAGGUUGAUUCACAGGUAUCACAUCAUCACUCAAAUUCAGACGUUGUUGUACCAGUCAAGGAUAUCUUGGUGUCCACUGCAGACACUGAACUUCAAAAGGAACAAAAUCAGCACCCUGUUUCUGAAAAGCCUGAAAAUAAGGUGGAGAGAACUGUGUCGACUAGACCAAUCAGGAAACGUAAUAUCCAUAUGUAUGCUGACCUAAUAAUGGACAGAGAUCUGGUGGAGACACUGAAACAUUCUGCACAAGCACAAGUAAAGGAUAAAAGAAAGUUGGAUGAUUCUCGUGCCAGCCAAGGGAGGAGCAAGGGGAGAAGACGACGUUCAUCUGUAGUGAAAUCUGAAGUAGAUGAGUUAUUGUCCUCUUCUGAUGAAGAAAGCUGGAAUUCAGAAGAUGACCCAGAUCGUCUGUGGUGUAUAUGCAAAAAACCACACAAUAAUAGAUUUAUGAUUUGUUGUGACAUCUGUGAAGACUGGUUUCAUGGAAAAUGUGUUGGAAUAACGAAGGCAAUGGGUCAACAAAUGGAAAAUAAAGGCUUGGAAUGGUCAUGUCCUAAUUGUUCUAAAAAAAAUGAGUCAGCUGAAAAAAGUAAAGACAAAGAUCCAAAGAGAAAAUCUGGGAAAGAUAAAGAUACAAGGAGAGCAACACAAACUGAGAACCAAACAGAAACAAAAGAUGACAGCCCCCUGUUGUCUCCUGCCACUUGUUCUGAACAAGGGAAAGAUGUCAAAGAAUUUCAGAAUGAAGAGAAGAUAACUGGACAGAAUAACCUGCCUCCUUUGUCAAAUGAAGAUACAAAGCAAAAUGUGGAGAAUGAAUCAAACCAGAGCUAUCAGAGUGACGCAGAUGUUGGGUCAGUGACAUCCUGUAUUGUAUGUAAGAAAGAAGCUCGGCAGUCCAGUAUCUACUGCAGUCAUGCUUGCAUUUUGAAACAUGCAGAAGAGUCACAGCAGAAUGUUGCUACAGCUGCUUCUGUCACAAAGUCAAACCAGUCAGGUGGAAUAAACAAGCAUGCAGUGGACCAGUUGUCUCACCACAUACCAAAACCACAAACUAGAGUAAUAGUAUAUGAAAGAAGAACUGGAAAACUUCUGAGUGGUAAAAAUGCCCCAACUUUGGGAAAUCUAAAGAACUGGUUGAAGGAGAAUCCUACAUUUGAAGUAGUGAAACCUAGUGAAGUAACAUCAAGCCGAGUAGCUGGGAAGUUGAUGUUUCAACAUACAAGGAACACAACUGUCCAGACACCGCAGGCAAACUUGGAAGAAACUCAGCAGAAGAUUUCUCCAUCACAGCCAAAGCCAUCACCUCAGCAGAAAAGUAUUUUAUCAUACUAUCAGCCUGCAAAUCAAGCUGUUAACACAGAGGCAUCUCAACAGAAACAAGGUGUCCAGAAUAAACACUCAGUGGUACAGUCAAAACCAGCACCACACCCACAGAAAGUAAUAAUUAAGUCACAUAAUAUUACAGACCAGCCUAAAGGACAGCAUGUACUAUUUGCUUCAGUGAAGGCACCAAAGAUACAGAAACAAACUAUUCUCAUACCUCCUGAGCAAACAAAUAAACUGAGCAUUAAAACAGUGUCCAAGCCAGCUGUUAGUAAUGCUAAAUCGGAACCUAAGUCACCUGUUUCCCCCCCACCCUCAAACAAAGGACACAUCCAGAAUGUAAAGCCAUUGCCUAUCAAUGCUUUACCAAAGGUUUCAGUUACACCAGCAGUGAAGGAAUCAGAUAAAACACCAAUAAAGAAGGUGGAGAGUAAACGAUUUUCCUCAGAUUCAACUAAGAAAGAGGAAGAUAAAGAAAAAGAUAAGGAAAAGGAGAAAGAGAGAGAAAAGGAAAAGGAUAAAGAAAAAAAUCCUGGCCCAGAACCAAUUAGGCUUAAUGUGCGCAAAACGCUUAAAGAACUGUUGCAGUCCCGCAUCCAGGAAUGUUCUGAUCUUCAUGUAACUGAAGAAGAGAUACAGGACAUUGCCCUGAAUAUUGAGGAAGAAAUGCAUUCAUAUUUCAGGGAUACUGGUAUUAAGUACAAAUCCAAAUAUAGAAGUUUAGUAUUUAAUAUUAAAGAUCCCAAAAACUUAACACUUUUUCGAAAAAUAGCUGAAAAAUCAGUUACACCUCAUCAGCUAGUGAGGCUUUCACCUGAGGAACUAGCAAAUCAGGAAUUAGCACAAUGGCGAGAAAGGGAGGCAAAACACCAAAUAGAAAUGAUAAAAAAGAAUGAAUUAGAUUUGUUAUCCCUAACAAAAACCUAUGUAAUGAAAACUCAUAAAGGAGAACAAGUUAUAGAGGCAGAUGAGGCCAUAAAAGCAGAAGUGCCUGAAUUGGUUGACCCAUCGACAGUGCCUGAUGUUUCCUCUCUUUCAGGAAGCGUAAUUCCAUCAACAGUUGGAGAGAAGAAACCAGAGGUGAAAGAACAGGAAAAGACCAAAGAUAAAAUUAAAGAUUCUAAAGAUAAAGACAGAAUUAAAAAGGAAGAUAAAGACAAAAAUAUUGAAAAUGAAAAAUCAAAACAUGAAAAGAAGUCAAGCAAAGACAAAAGUGAAAAACAUAGAAAGGAUGAGAGAGAAUCCUCAAAACGGGAUCACCAUCACCAUCAUCAUCAUGGCUGUAGUAGAAGUGAUAGAGACAAACGACACGAAAGUAGGGAUCAUAAAGAAAAACACAAACGAUCUGAAAAAAGUAAACAUGAUUUGGAGAAGAAUAGGGACCAUUACAGUACUGAAGUGAAGAAAGAAAAGAAAGCUGAUGAGAAUGAUAAAGAGGAAAAAUCUUACAAAAAGAGCGAUUCGAGUGAAAGUGAUGAAAUAAUCAAGCAUAAACAUUCUGACCACGAUAAUAAGACUGGAAAAGGAUUCACAGAAACUGAUGAAUAUAAACCAAGUGUACAAUUUGUUAAGGUGGAAUCACAAGAUAUCGAUGAAAUUAUUGACCAGGAGUCUUCGCAAGCAGAUCAAGAAAGAAUACCUGAUGUGGUCUGUAUUCCUUCACUCGACUUUGGUGUUACCAUCUGGCAAGGGUUUGUCAAUAUGCCAGAUGUUUCAAGAUUUUAUGCCACUGUGCAACUUUCAUCGGGUGAUGUGACUACUUCUGAACUUCCCUCUGCAAUUGAAAUUGUUGGUAGAAUUAUGCCUGAUACAGUCUGGGAUUAUAUAUCAAAAAUGAAAAAAACUGGAACAAAAGAAAUAAUAGUCCUUCGAUUUACAGCAGCCAAUGAUGCUGAAAGAAUACCGUAUAUGACACUGUAUUCCUAUCUAAAUGCAAGAAACAGAAUGGGAGUUGUUGGUAGUGUGUCAAGAACAAUCAAGGACUUCUAUAUAAUGCCACUCUCAGGCCACACACCUUUACCCCAGAUUCUGUUGCCAAUUGAUGGUACUGGAUUUGAAGAUAUCAGGCCUCAUUUGUUGCUUGGAAUUUUGGUGAGAACCAAGAGAAAGAGGCUGGCUCCAGAGAACGAGUAUGUUGCUAAAGCACCUAGACAUGGUGGUGUAGUGAGGACAGUUGAGAGGAGCUAUACUCCACCAUUACCUGGCACGGGACCUGAUGCAGUAGGUAGUUUGACUCCCCCUCAUCCUCCACCAAGUGUGUCUGACAGUUAUACACCGCCAAUUUCACCAACUCAGUCACUGUAUGCCGGAUCACAGCAACAGCUCAGUUUACAGUCCAGAUGGUCUGAUGACAGAGAUUCUGACAAAGAUUCUACAGAUGAUCAAGUCCGAGGUUUCAAGAAAUCGGGCCAGCCUUACACUGCAGAUGAUGAUGAUGCGCCAUAUAGUCCUGGUGAAAGUGAUGACUAUCAAGAAGAUUCAGGGGAAGAUAACAUGCAGUCACCACUGAACACAAAAUCAGAACUAGAGCGAAAAAUGGAGGAACUGAACAGGAAGAUUGAAGAACAGAAACAACAAAUUCAGACCAUCAGUAGUGCUAUUGUCAGCUCUGAUUCUGUAGCUGCUGCUUGUGGCCCUAAACAGUAUCAGGUAAUGAAAAAUUAUGCUGUGAUUGGUGAUGAAAAAGUGAGCAGCAUUACAUCUGGUGAUGAUGAGAAUGAAGCAUACAGUCCGUCGAGGUCAUUCACACCCCCACCUUCAAUCCCAUUUAUUGGACCUUCAGAAACACAAUCUAUGCUUCCUUCUCUCCCUUCAAAUAUAUCAAUACCUUCGAACCUGCAUGAGAUAUUAGCCAGUAUAAAGAAACGUGAAACAGAUCUACCAACAGCAUCAGGAUCAAGGGGAAUUGACUUAAAGACAGAUCCUAUUGUGCAGAAUUAUGCAAAUACUGGUCAAGAUGUUGAAAUUCCAGGACUAAAUGAUGAUAUGAGUAACUCACCUCACUCAUAUAGUGCAAAUAAACGGUUUCAAAGUCCAACGGAGCCACCAUUAGGCCAAUCGGCAACAUCUGUAGUACCUGCCCUGUUAUCACUCUCUACUCCUGUUGUGCACCCUCAUAGUAUAGCUGCACAAACAAUAGAAACAAGAUCUCAUAGGGAUCCUCGUCAACGAAGUUCUGUUUCUUGUGAUGCAUCUAUUAAGUCAUCUGGAAGUACGUUGAGUAAACUGUCUGAUGAUGAUCUCAUAAAGAAAGCGGCUGAAAUGAUGGAGAUGGAGCACAAAGAUUCGCUUGACACAGACAAACAUAAUGUGUAUCCCCAAAGUAUGCCACCCAGUGUAGAUAGUUUACACAGCACAUCGAGUUCAGUUGGCAAGACACCAGCGCAUCAGCCAUUACCUCCAGGCGUAGAGGAUGAAGACUAUGGAUCAUAUGGGACACCUUUUGUUCCAUCAGUUCCUUCAGCAAGUGGUUCAGCGACACACAAUAUACCAAUGCCACCACCAGUUCCACCCAGUACAAGUUAUCAAGCACCUCUUCCUGCUCCUGUGCCGUAUACAGCUACUCGUCGCUAUACGCAACCUCCACUAGCGUAUAAUUUACCAAGAAGCAAAGAGGCUAGUUUCACUUCUUCUUUUUCAGCUAGUUAUUCAGAUGUGAAGACUGAAAUUAAAGUUGCAGAACCAGGCUCAUCAAGGAAGAAACGCAAGUUUCAUGAUGAUGUGGUUAGAAGUGAUGCAAAGAGAAGUAGGGGGGGAUCUCCAAUAGUAAGUUCUCGUGAUACAUGGGAUAAUAAAGCACCAGUUCCUUUGAGAGGAAGAUUUAAUAUGAGAGGUAGGGGAUUUGUUCGUGGUAAUAGAGGAUUCAUGAGGAAGGGAAGGGGCAUGGGUCCUAGCAGAGGAAGGUGGGGUGGUCCUCCACCAAGUGAAAAACAUUUCAGCAGGCGGUCCCCCCGAUACGAUGCUAGCAUUCGAUCAGAAUGGGAUAUGCAUAUUAAAGACUUUGAACAAAAACAUCGUGAGCGUACAAGAGAUAAGCAUAGAGAGCGAGAGAGGAUGCAUGAUAGGACUACAGUAACGCAGAGGUCAUCUCGCAGCAGUAGUAGAAGGAACAGAGACAAUGAAAACAGUGAUUCUUCGUGAGUAGUGUGGUUGUUGAUACAGAAGAAAAGACAUUGUUGCUGUAACAUAACAUGUUCUGUGUUAACUCCUCCAAAAUAACUUAUUUUCUAGAAGACUUUUGUAACAUUGUUAAUUAACUAUACAUAUUUUAUUUAGUAAAACCGGGGAGGAAAGUGAAGACAGAUCUUAUCUUUGUACUGAAAUUUAUUUGUAGUCACUCUUUUUCCUGCCCCACUCUUUCUCCUGCCUGUUGCUGCUGCCACCCUACAGUGCACCCUCCAAUUCUCCUGUUCGUCUAACAUCCCACCCCCCUCAUCCACCCACCUUUACAGACACUUUUUGUUUUAUGCGCACAUGUUUUAUCCAGGUAUUCAGAUGUGUACAGAACACAGAACUUGUUUGUUUCAGCCUUGAAAUAAAGAUUUGCAUUUCAUUAUGUACAUUUCUAAAUGUGUGAAGUAUUAUGAAUUAAUGUGGCAGAAUUUAGGAGAGAGAGACUAAAAAGAAAAGUAGCAAACUGAGUGAAAGCAAAUUUACUCAAGUGUCCCCUGUUUUGUAUAAGGACUAGGUGCUGUGAAAUUGCUUGAGUGAAUAUUUUCAUAACAUUGAACAGUUCUGUGGAAGCACACUUCAGAAUUUCCAUAGCCUUUCUUGUUGCUUGCUAAGUGACAUUUCGAAGUUCUGUAGGUGUGCAGUGUACAGUAGAGUGUCUAAAGGUACCUUUACACAAGUUGAAGUAAUUGCUUUGUACAAAUAUUUUUAUAUGGUUUGAAUGUGUAAAUAAGUGUCUUUAACAUGUUAUAGUUCUGUAAAGAACAUUUCACUGUAUAAUUAUUGUAAAGCCUAUUUUGAAACCAGUGAUCAUUUUUCACAACAUUCAUAAACCAAUGUUUUACACAUUUCCUGUUUUAAAGGAAAUAGUUUAUUUCACCUCAUUUUUCAUUGUAAGGUCCAAAUUGAACAUAGUGUCUCAUUGAAACAUGUAAUUAAUGCAUUUUUGCAUGUGACUUUUAAAACAAAUUAAUGUUGUCUGUGUACAGUAUGUUUUGUAUGGACUAAACAGUGUAUGUAAUGUGUGAGCAAUUUGUUAAUUGUGAAUUGUAGAAUGUAUGGUAAAAAGUGCUGUUAGUGUGUUCAGGUGAAGUUACUUGCCUGAAUGAAUUGUUUUAUUUGUAUAUGGCAGAAAAUUUAAUUCAAUUUUAUUUGUAUAAAAUAUUUACAAAAGUGUGAGAGUUAUUUAUGAACUGCAUAUAUUAGUACAUGUGUAUGUCUGUACAUAACUGAACUUGUACAGAAGCCUCACUUAAAAGAUCUCUUUCAAACUUA